GGGCGCCCCGCGCGGCCGGAAAUGGCGUAGGGCGGGCCGGGAGGCGCGCUCCGUUGCUGGGCUCCGCGGAGGCGCCGGGCGGCUUCCGCCUCCCUGGGCCAUGCUCCCGCCCUGAGCAUGGGCGCCAGCGGCUCCAAGGCCCGCGGCCUCUGGCCCUUCGCCUCCCCCGGGCCUGGCGGCGCCGCGGGCCCCGGCGGGGAGCAGGCCCUGGCUCGGGCGCGCGGCUGCCGCAGCGCGACCCCAUUCGUCUUCACCCGCCGCGGCUCCAUGUAUUAUGAUGAGGAUGGGGAUCUCGCCCAUGAAUUCUAUGAGGAGACAAUUGUCACCAAGAAUGGGAGAAAGCGCGCCAAACUGAAAAGGAUCCACAAGAACCUGAUACCUCAGGGUAUAGUGAAACUGGAGCACCCUCGCAUUCACGUGGACUUCCCUGUUAUCAUCUGUGAGGUCUGAGCUGCGGGGGGAGCGUGAGCUGCUGCUGUGUGCCGUCAGUGCACCCGACCUGCCUGGCCUUACUGCACCUAAUGUAACUACACAAGGCUGCCUUGUGUCCCUGAACCACAAUGGACUGCGAGCACAGAUGCACACACUCUUGACUUUGGAGCUCCUCUUGCCUGGAGAAGGAGAAAGAGAUGGGCUGGUGCAGAAUUGGCUAGUUACCUGGAAUAGAAUUGGCUAGGGAUCUGUUCACAAGUCAGACAAGACAUGUGAACUUGUUUAGCAACAUGCUUAACAAUACCCUUGACUGAGUCAGAAGAUUGAAAUCCUUCUUGUGGCUGCCAUCAGAUGUUUGGAUGGAUCACUGAACUGCCUGUGACGCUCGUGUUUGAGGUUUUAAAGGGAGAGCCAUCCUGCAUCUCUCGCUGAACAAAAUCCCUGCUUUGCAGGUAUCUGCCCCAGGUAGAGUUGAGGUCAGUUAAUUCACCUCUGUGGGGCUAGGGGCAGACCCCUAAUGUCCCUUCCCUAUGAAGUGGUGAUGAAUAAAAGGGUAGUGGUAUAGUUUAUCCUUUGUGGGGGGUUGGUUAUGCAGUACUGUCCCUAAGUUGGUCUGGGAAUGGAGGGUAAAUGGGGUGGUCUGAGGUGAAGCUAAUCUUGAGAACCCCACUGAAACAGUAGCGCUUCUCGGGAAGGUAGGAGACCAGAUUUCAUUGCAUCAGACCUCAGUCUCCUCUUUUAUACGGCCCUCUCCUGUGCUCAGCGUUAUUUUGUACUUCUAGCGAUAUGGCUCGUCUGGUCCCCAGAAUCCUUUCCAAUGGCUCUAGAUACCCUGGCUCAGCUGUUGUUCAGACCUCUCUGAAAAUCCAUUGGCCACUGAUGGUGCUGUGCAGAGCCAGCAGAGCAAACAGUCCGAUCUUUGCAGCAAAACCAAUGGACACUGCUGGAAGCAGCAGCAGUGCUUAGAGCUGAGUGACUGGGCUGGCAGCCCAUGUUAACCCACACAGCUUUGCAGUUAGGAUUCGCACAGCAGGGCUUAGCUUGCCAUCAUUAGCAUGCGUCUGCCUUGGCGGGAGCAAGCUGCGCUCUGUUGAGUGGCGUUCUUCCCCCUCCUGAAUCUGGUGUGUUGAAGUGCGGGGUACAAGGUGUGACUUCUUGUAUUAGCCAUAGUGUUUAUUUUGGGGCUCAGUCUCUCUCAGAAUGUGAUUCUGGGUAACUUUCAUGUGUUGAUCAGUUGUGCCCCGGUGCUGACAGCAUGCCCCAACUGUGUGUAGCUGUGAUAGAGCCCAGGCAGGAAUGAAGAGUUAGCUUUUACCCUCUAAAGCAGUUGGCGUCAGCCCCCCCCCGGUCUUGGAAACCUCCCUGAGGUAUGAAGCCUGGGUUCUUCCACUGCACCCAUUCCUCUCUUUCUCCCUGUGG